UAUGGAAAUUGCAGCCAGUACAGAUAAAUGUUUGAUUGAAGGGUCAGCAGAAGAUUUAUAAAUAUUUAAUUUAAUGGCAUAGUGUUAGCGGGUUAGUAAUGAAAAUUGA